AUGGGCGGCAACAAGCGCCUGGGUGGCGAGGGUGGCGGUGGUUCGCACGCGAAGCGGCGGUACGUAGCCCCGACGCCGGGCGUGUGCGAGCUCUCGCGCGGCAUGCGCGGCGUCCUCAUCACCUGCGACACGCACCUCGAGCACAAGGCCAUCAAAGAGGCUUACAGGCUGCUCGACGACUUGGCUGGCGGCGGCGCUGCCGCCGGCGACGGCGGUGUCGGUGGUGACGACGGCGACGGCGGCUCGGCAAGCGGAACCGCUGGUGACAAGCUUGCAGCCGAGCUGGCGGCCCUCAAGGAGGGCGGUGGCGAGGGUGGCGGUAGCGGCGGCGGCGGCACGGCACAUGCAAAGCGCUUCUCUGUGGCGCAGACCGGCUGCGCGGGGACGGUGCUGCUGCGGUUCAGCGAGGAGGCCGACGACCCGACUGAGAUUGCGAGCCGCGCGCUCGGCGAGGCGCAGGCACGGGGCGAGUCGAGCGCGCCGCACGUGAUCCGGCUGCUUCCGGUGCAGGCGGUCUGCGGCGCGACCCCCGCCGCCAUCGUGGCUGCGCUCCAGCCGCUGCUCGCUCCUCUCGCCGGGUUUGGCGGCACCUUUGCGGUCCAGUGGCGGCGGAGGCACAACACAGCCGUCGACAAAGAGAGCGUGAUCCGGGAGGUUGCGGCGGCGGUACACGCCGUCGCGCCCAAGGCGACCGUCAACCUCCGCGCCCCCUCCGCCGCCGUCGUGAUUGAGGUCAUCAAGUCCGACGCGGCAGUCAGCGUGCUGCCGCGGUGGGCCGAGCUCAAGGCGUACAACCUGCGAGAGUGCGCGCGUGCGUUGCCGGAGGCAACGGCAGGGUGAGCGACCAGCGAGCCCGCAGCGGCGCACACAGAUUCACAGUUUGGUGCGGUGCGGUCACAGCUCAGACCUCGGAAGCCGGCGAAAAACGCCGCGGCGGGUGUGGCGUGCCGUCUCGUCAAGACUCUGAGAGAUGUCGAAAGUGGCUUGGGCCCUGGCGGUGAGAUAAUCAAACAAUGAAAUAGCAAG